UAGUAACGGGCGGAAAAUUUUAAUUUAUGUACUCUGGGUGGUAAUAUUCUGGAUCAUUGAAUAUAAAGAAACGUUUUGGAUGUAUUAUAUAUGGAAUAUGUCUUAAAAACAUUAUGGAUUCGAACUAAAGUUUUGGAAGAUUUUGGAGACAUAAGCUACAAAACUCAAAAUGUAUUUUUAUUCAUAUAUUUUAAAUCUUAGAAAUAUUUUGGAAUAUUGAAUAUAUAGCAACACUUUUGAUAUAAAUACAAAGAUCAGAAACACACUGAAACAAUACAAAGAUCAGAAACACAAUGGAUACAAUACAAUGAUCAGAAGCAAAAUAGAAAUAAUACAAUGAACAGAAACACAAUGAGUACAAUACAAUGAUCAGAAACAAAAUGGAAAUAAUACAAUGAACAGAAACACAAUGAAUACAAUACAAUGAUCAGAAAUAAAAUUAAUACAAUAUAAUAUGAUCAGAAACACAAUGGAUCUAAUACAAUGAUCAGAAAUAAAAUGGAUAUAACAUAAUAUGAUCAGAAACACUAUGGAUAUAAUACAAUGAUCAGAAACACAUUUGAUAUAAUACAAUGAUCAAAAACACAAUGGAUAUAAUACAAUGAUCAGAAAUGCAAUGAAUACAAUACAGUGAUCAGAAACACAAUAAAUAUGAUACAAUGCAGUGAUUAGAAACACAAUGAAUAUGAUACAAUGAUCAGAAAUAAAAUGGAUAUAAUAUAAUACGAUCAGAAACACAAUGGAUAGAAGGCAAUGAUCAGAAACACAAUGGAUAUAAUACAAUGAUCAGAAACACAUUUGAUAUAAUAUAAUGAUCAGAAAUGCAAUGAAUAAUAUACAAUGAUCAGAAACACAAUAAAUAUGAUACAAUGCAGUGAUUAGAAACACAAUAAAUAUGAUACAAUGCAUGCAGUGAUUAGAAACACAAUGAAUACUAACAUAAGUUCUGCAGUUUUCCCCACAUCGGCAGCUCUUGUUGGAUCCAUUGGAAGUUUGACAAUAUCACUUCUAGGCACAUUUAUGAAUACAUUACUUAUUAUAGCAAUCGUCAAAUACAAGACAGUGCAUACAAUCCCAAAUGUUUUGAUCAUACAAAUGUGUGUUACUGAUAUUCUCUUCUGUACAAUUAUCAUGCCCAUAUUUGGCAUCACAGAUAUAGCCAAAACGUGGCUUUUCGGAGAAUUAUUCUGCAGACUAUUUGGCUUCAUGAAUUUUUUCAUUGGGGGCAUGACCCUAAUGAAUUUGAUAAUCAUUGCAUUGAGUAGAUAUUGUCUUGUUGCCUAUCCGUACCACUAUCAAAAACUGUUCAACAAGCGUUGCACAGUUUUAAUGUCGAUGACAUGUUCAAUAUUCAUAGGGGUUCUGUUGGUGUUUCCACUUACAGAGACCUGGGGAAAAUUUGGGUAUAUCCCCCAGAAAAAUUCCUGCAGCCUUAUAUCACUUGGCUCAGUAGGGAAUGGCUCAUUUAACAUCUUCGUUAUGUUGCUUGCAUUUGUUAUCCCCUUAGCUGGCAUACUGACAUGUUACAUUCUUAUUUUUGUUGUGGUUUGGCGGCAGUCAAACAAGCUUGUCAAUCGCACACAAACUUCGUUGAGAGAUUUUUCCAUUGUUCCAUCUCAUGCAGUAUCUCCUGUACGAUCUUUAAAAAGUCCAGUGAGCUCAGGACUUCCCUCUGGAGUUGCAUCUCCAUCUACAUCUGCCUUCAAAUACCUUGCUCAAGAAAGUAGGCCCUCUGUUGCAAUAGAUGUUCCUUUAUGUCCAUUAACUUCUGGUUUCUCUUCAAUGCCCAUCACAGUGGUCCCCAAAGCCUGUAGCAGUGUCCCAGUAGUAGAUGUGACCCCCACUACAUCCUUAUCCCCUAUGAUAGAUGACACCCAGACUACAUCUUUAUCUCCUGUAACAGAUGUGACCACCACUAUAGGUUUAUCCUCUGUAACACAUGUGAUACCCACUUCAACUUCAUCUCCUGUAACAGAUGUGAAAAUUACAUCAUCUUUAUCCCCUGUAACAAAUGUGAUCCCCAUUACACCUUUAUCACCUGUAACAUGUGUAAUCCCCACUAUAUCUCUAGUCCUAUCCCCUGUAACAGAUGUAACCACCACUAUACCUUCAUCCCCUGUAACAGAUGUGAAACCUUCUUUAUCUUUAUCCCCUUUAACAGAUGUGAUCCCCACUACAUCUUUAUCUAAUGUAACAGAUAUGAUACCCACUACACAUUUAUCCCCUGUAACAGAUGUGGUCCUCACUACAUCUUUCUCCCCUGCGAUAAAUGUACCUAUUGUUCAGGUGUCCAGUCCUAGAAUUACACCAAAUGGUCCGCUUACAAAACAUACUGUUGCUAUGGCUACAGUUUCUGCUACCAAUUCAACUCAUUUGCCCUCAAAGAACUGUCUUACAGUUCCUAAACCUUUGCGUAGAAAUAACGCAAGUCAGAGGGAUAAAAUAAAGGCGGAAAAUUCUCAUUUAGAACAGAGAUGUAAAGCUCAACAUCAUUCAGAAUCCACAUCCUUAAAGAGUAAAACUCUUGCAGAAUUAAAGGAAAAUAAAAUAAAGGCUGAGUUGAUGCUUACAAAAACAAUGCUCAUUAUCGCACUAGUGUUUAUCGCAUGUUACUUACCUCGUAGUCUGAUGGCUUGGAUAGAUAACGAAGUACGCUAUCCUUUGGUACAUCGUAUCGGAACAAUUAUGACUUUUCUCUACAGCCUCAUGAAUAGUAUUGUUUACCUGAUCCUCAAUAAAAGUAUGCUUUCUAAAUUUGCCAGACUUUUUAGAAAUUGUUGUAGAUGUUACAUAAGGGUGCAGUGUACAACAGUUCCGCGACCAGCAUCGGUGCAUCCAAUGUAUCCGGAACAGUACGAUCACAUGUGUAGACAUGCCGGCACAGUUCCCCAGGCUCGAUUAGUGCCACGGCCCGACCCUUUAAAUGGAAAAGUUGUGACACCUUCUAUAUAAGGCCAUUAAUAUUAAUGUAGACUCAAAUAAUUUAUUGAUUACAUUGAGGGGUAACUUAUUUUUUGGGCUUACGUCUUUUUUUAAAGGAAGCUACUUUGAAUUGAAAAAUCUUAACGCAAUGAAUAUCUUGUUGCAUUAAAGGUGAUAAAGCGUGUAGUAUCAUACAUGUUGUAUCAGUUGAUCUUGAGGUAGUUCCCUAUAUUCAGAAAUUCUAAUGGCUUCCAAAUUGGAAUUACAGUGCAUGUUACUUUCAGAUACAUAACUCAUUCCAUACAUGGUCUACAACAUUCAAUUUUGCACAACUAGUACAUUUUUACAUACUUCAAAUUUAUUUCUAAAAAUCAAUCAGUUACAUUUUUAUUACAAAUUGCCACAACUAGUACAUAAAUGGUCAGUUGAGGAUUAAUAAGUUUAAACAUGUAUGAAAUGUAUGAAAGUAUAAAAAGUACGAGAAAUGUAUGUCACUGAAUUCUCUCCUUUUAUAUGUUUUGAAAAUAUAUAUUUCUGCUCAAGUUAUCUAGGUAUAAUUAUGUACAUAUACAUGUACUAAUUUUGUAAAACUGAAAAUAAUUGUAGAUCAUGUAUGGAAUGAGUUACAGGAAGCCGUUAAAAUUUCUGAACAUACAGGACUAACUUAAGAUCCAUGGGCUGUAUAGCCGCAUUUGUAUUCAGGAAUUGUUGUAUUAGUAUCGUCCAAACAGUAUCUCCUUAACUCCUUGAAUAUAAAUUUUGGUAAAUAUUCAUUGAAAAACUUUAAAUAAUGACAUUACAAAAUGAAAAUUAAUGAGAAAACAACUAAAAUAUAUGACCUGUACAUGUAAUUCAAAGUUUUGUUCAUAUAUCAGUAAGGUUAUUGAACUUGACCACUUGAUGAAAAGUGUUAAUCAAUAAAUGUUUUUAACUCAUUGCUGGCCAAAGCUAUUUUUGGAGGUUUUCUGCUGGUGACUGGCAAUUUUGAUGGAAAAUUGAAAUGUUUUCACUUAGUACAAAAUACACUGUAUCAACACCCUAUAUGCGCUAAGUUAUAUGCCAUUUGUGAAGCCAAUGACAAAAUAUUUCAAUUGCACCCUACCAGGUUCCCCUAGUGACCACUAGAAUAUUCGGGAAGAUAACUGGUCCAGAUUAUGUGACAAUUACUGGACAGCACCCAGAGAACUCAGGGUUGUCGAUGAAAUAUCUCAGGGUUGGUUACAGCAAUGAGUUAAACAAUCAACAGCAGUGACAAUAGGAUGUGAUUGUUGCCAGUAAUAGAUGAGAUGAUGGGAGGUUAUUGGCUCUUGAUUUCUUAUAUUUCAGAAAAUGUGUAAAACUUAUUAUUAAACUUAAUACUAAUGUACCAAAUGCAUCUGACACUAAUGGACGACAGCUUAUAUUAUGAGAGUCACUGACAUCUGCAGCUGACUUUUAAUUUAUCAGCUCUCAGC